AUGGCACGAGGCACGGCGAAGCUUUUGCUGGGCUUUCUGCUUUGCUGCAGUUCCAUUCUGCUUAGCCUCUUGGGCUCUGCUCCUGCAGGAAGCUUCGUCCAUGGGUCAGGCUUGGUAUCGACACAUCCAGGGCCUGCGGUGUGGGGCUUGCGGUCCUUGCCCGAGGAAAUGUCUAAAGCUGUGGCAGCCACCCUCGCCAGCAAAUUCAGUGAAAGGCUUGUGGACCAGAUGCAGAGCUUUACCACGAUGUUCUAUGAAGCCAUGCAGAAGAGCAUGGCAGAGCCCCACAAGGGCAGGUUCAAGUUGCGGUUCCAUCCCGAUCCUCAUGAGAACCAAGGAGCAGAGGUGGCGAUUGUCAAUUGGUAUCCGGCCAAGAAAUCUCUUGAAGAGGUUUUUGCUGGCUUGGAAUGGAGUAUUACCAGUUUCGAGAUUUCAUUUCGGAAUAAUGAAGGUGAGAAGACUCGCAUCAUGAAUGAGGAUGACGUUGAUGAUCUGCUGUCGGAGAGCAAGGGAGUAGUCAUCGAUGUGCACCUUAAGCAGCCCUCCCAUCUUGAGAGACUUCGCAACAAAGCCCUUGAAACAAUCGCGUCGGGUAUCAAACAGGCCAAGCAUCUCAUCUGUGGCGAGGGUCAAAUUGGUCAGGAGACGGUUUCCAAAGCGCAAGCGGCCUUGAUCAGUGAGGCCGCCAACUUAGCCAAAAUGCAGACGAGCAAGUCUGCACUGAGCACAGAAGGCUUCGACAUUGAGAGCUUUUCCAAGCAUGUCUCAGAUAUUGCUGAGAGGCUGAACAUGUCUCCGCAAGAGCAGAAAGUUUUGGCCAUGGCAAUCGAUGCAGACAACAUGGCCAGUUUGGAGAUGAAGACAUACUAUCUCGAAGACGGAAGCUUGGUAAAGCAUCUCACUAGCUGGCGCACGAUUCGGAGCAGUACAGUAAGUGGAAAUCCGCCCGACAAGAUCUAUUUCGUCUAUGGUGACUUUUCGGUGACUUGCGAUGUACCAGAUGGAGGGCUUGCCCCAAAGGCGACGAUCAUGUUUGACGAGUACGUCGACCUGCGGGCGAAGCUGGAACGGGCAAAGCAGUUCGGCAUGGAUGCUGAACACGUGUGGGGCUCUCGCCAGUACCUGGUGUUCAUAGAGUGGUUGGAGAUUCUUCUCAUCCUUGGCGUGUUUAUCAUCACGGGCCAGCUUCUCCCUGCCGUUAUCGUCGGCAUCCUCGUGGCGGCUAUGUCCUUCUUGGUCAAAUACUCCAAGGUGUCCGCCAUUCUCGGUGCCCCGAUGCGGGGCUCGCAGGUGCGACUGCAGCACCGCGUGGGCGAGGCGGCCGUACACACGCUCCGCCAGGUCCAAGACAGCUGGCUGCUGGCCAUCCGCCUCAAAGGCUUCAUUUUCUUCGGCUCCGUGCAGGGAGUGACCUCCAUGGUGGCGACGCGCAUCGAGACCGAGAAGAAAGAGAAGGUGCCGAACUACCGGAGGCUGCAGAUUGUGAUCUUUGACUGCGCCCAGCUGGAUGGCAUCGAGGUGUCUGCAGCGAAGUCGCUCACGAAGCUGACACAGGAGUCUAAGAGCGCUGGCGUUCAGAUCAUCUUCAGUUCCGUAUCGAAUGGCCUGGCUAAGGAGAUGAAGAGCCGAGGAGUCAUCCAUGGGGACCACGACCUCUUCCCGGACAUGGAAGCGGCCAUCUUCUACGUGGAGGACUUGGCUUUGCAAUACGCCAAGGCCAUGGAAGGCCUCUUCUCUUCUCUGCAUCCGGGAAUUCAGUACCACCAGGCGGUGCGCAAGGAGCAGGUGACCUUCGAGCCCUUCGGCGGCAUCCUGGUGACAGACGAUGCCAGGUUGGGCUGCCCCUGGCGCUUCUGCACCAAGGUCGACAUCACGAAGCACAGCACCCUGCUCUGGUCGUCGAAGGACAAGCACGAUGUGCUGUACCUGAUCCACACCGGUUCUGUAGGCAUCUUCGAGUCCAUCCCCGAAGACCGGAGGCACUGGAAGUCGCCGGUGGCGGUCUAUGGCCACGGGCAGUUUCUGAACCUCGAGAUGUUGGCUGGUCGGACCCCGAAGGGAAACGCCGUGUGCAUCGAGAGCGGGCAGGUCAUCGCCUGGGACCGUGACCAGUGGCGGCGCAUGUCGCGGCACGAGCCGGUUAUGGCAGCCAAGCUCCUCGAGGCCGCAAUGGCACAGAGACAAAACGAAUCAGGCAGUGCGGAGAACGAGGAGAUUUCUUCUAGCAUUUGUGGGGAGGUGUCCGAGCAGGUCAUGCGGCUUCUGGCAGCCAAGGCGCUAAAGGAGCUCGGCUUCUUUGAGCCGCUGCCGCCCGGCAUCCCGAGCUCGCUCCCACUGCUGCCGGAGCGGCUGAAGCACGAUUGCCGGGUGGGCUUCCGCACCUUCAGACGCUUCACCGACGAGGGCCAGGAGGUCAUUGACCCCUACGACGUGAAGAGCGCUUUGAUGUACGCAGGAAUCUUCGGGGCACAGCUGAGCCACGAAAGGCUCUUCCCCCUGUCCGAGGCCCAGUUCGUACAUGUCGCCAAUGAGGCGUACAUGACCCGUUUCAGUGCCAGACAGAUUGCCAUCGCUGAGGACCUCUUCGGGAAAUUUGAUGCCGACGGUUCAGGCGCGUUGGAGCUGGACGAAUUACAUAUGGUUAUUCAGGAGAUGACCGGGGUCGACGAGGUGCACGACAGCCAGAUCGACGGUCUUGCUGCCGCUUGGAAGGGCUCCUGCCGUGUGGACCAAUCGGGGCAGCUCGUGAUCGAUCGCCAAACUUUCCUGAGCAUCAUGUCCCGCUAUGUGAAGGCCCACAUGAACGACUACAUGUUGCUGCAGGGACUUCUGGAGAUGACGAAGACGAAGCCGGAGGAGCUGAUGAGCUCCAAGCUGACGCUGGAGAUGCUGGCGGACGCCCUGAACACCAGCGGUGAAAAUGCCGAGGUGCGGGUCUACCGUCACGCCGUCGCCAAGCUCCGCAGCGCUAGCCUCCGACAGUCCAUGGAGGACAGCACGCACGAGAGCGUCAUGGACGUGGUGCAGGAGAUCGUUUGGGCUCACAAGCCUCUCACCAGUGCCGGUGGUGACUCAAACUUGUCAUCGCUGGAUUUCACUGACCUCGUGGCCGCCGCCAUGCCGACGGAAUUGCGCCCGAAAAAUGGCGCCACACUGCCGCCAAAGCCACCGAAAAAGGCUGCCCGCAGUCACAAGGAGCAGCUGCCGGCAGAGGAUCUGCACGUGCUGCAAAGCCUCGUCCUGGACUUGCGGGAGCCAAAGGCGCAGAAGACGGUCUUCGAACUGGGCCGGUGGACUGCUCAGCGUCGCAUAUCGGAGCGUAUAGAAGAUGUGCAGCUGGACAACGGGGGAGAGCGCUCCAUCUCCGUCCAGAAGCUCACGAGCGAUGAGCCAGCGGAGUUGACGGACCUCGAUCGGCUGAAGAUCCGGGUCUUCAACUUUCUGGAGCGGCCGAAGUCGUCCAUGGCGGCCCUGGCGUGGUUUUAUGCCGACUGCAUCCUGGUCAUCCUUUGCGUUGUCAGCCUCGUUGCGGAGCCAUUGGUGCUGGUUGUGUACCCA